CCUCAAUUUUUAAAACUUUUGUCUUAUAUUUCUCAUUUUUGUAACCAUGAAGCAGAAUCGGCGAAGGGGGUGUUUGUCUAAUUCGAUUCCAGAUAAUUCAGGCAUUGACGCGAAAUCGUUGAUGGGAAGAGAACCCCCUCAGAAUUUGUUACCAUCCAAACACGACUUACCGAGAUUGGUUCUCGUGCUCGCACUCGCAUCGCUAGUUGCAUGGACCUGCAAUUUCCUAUUUACCUCUCUCCUUCAACCUCCUUCCAAACCCUUUUGCGACACCAAUUUCCACUCCUCCGAUUACUUUCCUGAUGUUUGUGAACCUUGUCCCAGUAAUGGAGAAUGCAACGAUGGAAAGUUGGAAUGCCUUCAGGGUUACCAAAGACAUGGGAACUUGUGUCUAGAAGACGGAGAUAUCAGUGAAUCAGCUCGAAAGAUUGUGGAGAGAGUGGAACAUCACUUGUGUGAGGGAUAUGCUCAAUUUUUGUGCAGUGGAACCGGACCAAUUUGGGUUCGUGAGGAUGUUUUGUUGAAUUAUUUUGAGCCCGUGGGAAAUGUCAAAGUGGACAAUGCUCUUCAUAAUUAUACAAAACAAAGGGCAGUUGAAACAAUGGGGCAAUUAUUGGAGACGAGAUUAAACAACUCUCAUGGGAUGAAGGAGUUUAAGUGUCCAGAUCUGUGGGCAGUGCAUUACAAGCCAUAUUCCUGCCGUAUUCGUCAGUGGAUCUCUCAGCAUAUUCUACUUGUUUUGCCCAUUUGUGCCAUGCUUGUUGGAUGCACAGCUUUGUUCUGGAGUGUUCGACGGAAACUAUCAAUGUCAAGAAGAAUUGAGGAGCUUUAUGAUAAGGUCUGCGAAAUACUUGAAGAGAAUGCAUUGACGUCAAAGACUGCAAAUGGUGAAUGUGAACCCUGGUUUGUUGCUUCUAGGUUACGUGAUCACCUGCUUUUGCCAAGAGAACGGAAGAACCCUUUAUUAUGGAGAAAGGUAGAAGAAUUGGUUCAAGAAGAUUCGCGAAUAGAUUGCUAUCCAAAGUUGGUGAAGGGUGAAUCGAAAGUGGUAUGGGAAUGGCAAGUUGAAGGCUCUUUGAGCGUCUCAAAGAUGAAGAGAAGAAGAGACGCAAGCAAAACAAGGGUCAAGGAAAGCAUGGAUAUGAAUCAUCAGCAACAUCCUGAAGUGAAAACAGAGCCUGUGGAACCACUUUUUUGAUUUGAAGACACCUCGUAACAGUGACCAGUACUUUCCCUUGUAAAUUAUGAUGGCAUAAACUCGAGUUUUCCCUGAAGUCUUGUUUUACCUUCUUUGUACAAAGAAAGCUGGGUAAAGCUUAUCUUGUCUAUGUUUACAGCAGCAGAGGGCAAUAUAUGCGGCAUCGGUUGUUAGUGUGACCUUCAUUUCUUAUCUAGCAUUUACCAAAACAAGUGUUGUUUCAUGCAUGCUUAUCAUGAAACCUGCUUAUAGCUUAGGCAGGAAAAUGGAGCCCUU